GGCAAAGUCUUGUCACGUGACCAGCACAUGAACGAGACGAUUUACAUCUUUCUUUAGUCAGUCGGUCGAGUCCGAGAGAGGAGAACAAUGGAAGAGAAGAAGAAGACGAUGGAGAUGGAAGCAACAACAAUGAAAGGCACGGCGGCGGAAGAUAUAACGGAGAGACUCUCUUCUCUCGACAAUCUCUAUUUUCCACGCGCCGUCCAAUUAACCGCUGCAUCUUCCGACCAACGCAAAUCCAUCCUCCUCGACCUCCUCCGUCGUGAUCCCGCCGUUUUUCUAGAGAGAUAUGGAUCGGAGCUACUAGUAGAUGAAUUGCUUGAGUUUGAUGCUAUGAAACAUGACUACGAGGUUGAUUGGCAUUUGAAAAACCUGCGGAAGAAGAUAAGUCCGACUUCAGAAGAGAUUAAAUCGAGGUCUGUAGCUGUGAGGAAUAGGAGAUUGGCUUAUUUGAAUAAGCUUGUAUCCGAGGGACAGUAUUUCUCAGAGGAUGCUAUGAGAGAUAGAGAGCCGUAUCUACAUCAUGAGUAUGUUGGGAAGUUUCAGGAUGUGAUGGGAAGGAACAUGGCUAGGCCUGGAGAACGUUGGUCUGAGACUUUGAUGAGACGGGCUGAGGAAGCGGUGUUGGUUACUCGUAUUAGAGAGGAGCAGCAGAGGUUAGGUGUUUCAGAGAGUGAUUGGGUUGGUAAUGAGAAGAUGGAGGAAUCAGAAGAAGAGGAAGAGGAGGAAUCAGAAGAGGAGGAAGAAGAAGAAGAUGAAGAAGCGAAGAAUCCUACAGAAGCUAGCUCUUCAAGUCUGAAUGGUAAAGAACAGAAAGAGAAGGCAACAACAGUCUUACCGCCAGAGGAGAUGCAAGAUAUGAUGGAUCAGUUCACAUCAAUCAUGGAACAGAAGUUCUUAUCGGGAGAAGAUCAUCAACAUUUGGAUUACGCAAAGAUAGACAAUGACGAGACUCUUGAUGAUCAUUGGCUUCGAGAGAUUGGCCGUGACGCUGAAGAUAAGUACUUUGAUGAAGACUAAUUGGAUAUGUAAGAUAUGAUCUCUCCUCUCUCUCUCUCUCGUUACCUGCAGAGUUAUAUAUAUCAUAUGAUAGAGAGUGCUAUCAUCGGAUUACAAGUCCAAACACCAACACAACGUCAUGUUAAGUUUUGGUUGAGAGAUUAUUCAUCAAAUCUCUAUGUACACUAAUAGAAUUGGUUCAAAUUAUAUGGCCCAGAAUAGUAAAGCGGUGCGAUGAUAAGAAUUGUUUUUUGGGCAAAUAUAAUCAUGAAAUAGUAAAGGGAAAACCAAAAUUCCAAUAUUCUUUUUUGGAAGUUUGAACAUAGACAUGAACUAAGUUUUUCUUCCAUUAUAAUACACAAAUUUUUAAGGUGUACCAUUAACAUAAACGUAUGUGGCUAGGUGUAGAAGAUAGAUCACUUGUGCAAGCAUAUAUAACUCAUGGUAACUCAUGUUACCAAUCACACCCAUAGUAUGGAGGAUAAGUGCACACACAGAGUUAAAAGGAAAAAAAAAACCAUGAACAUAAACUUGCGAGUUAAGCGCAAUUAUAGAGUACAAUACAGUACUAAUCCGAGGUCGAAUCUGCGGUUAUACAACAGAUUAACCUCUUCUCCGUAUUUCCGGGAUUCUCUAUACCAUGCCAUUUUUCUUUUUUUAGAUAUGGACAACGUCCCACUAUCACGCUCAUCUAGAUUGUGCCAGGGGAAGUGUCAUCUUCCGUGAGAAAUUUCUUUUUGGUAUCAACUCUUGAGUUUCAUACAAAUGAUUCUUGUCUGAA